AUGUUCAUGCUGGAGGAGGUUGAAAAGCAGAACUCUAACCACAAGGCCUGGCUGCUCAUCCACAAGUGUGUCUACAAUGUCACCUGCUUUCUACAGGAGCAUCCAGGUGGAGAAGAGUUUUUGCUUGAACGAGCCGGCAGAGAUGCCACAGAGAGCUUACAUGAUGUGAGGGAAAUGCUCAAGCAUUACUACAUAGGGGACAUCCACUCAGAUGAUUGCAAACAAGGUUCUAAAGAUCAAAAUAGGUCAUCCUUGGGAUAA